CGAAUGAUAAACCGGGUCAACCCAACCCGACUCAGAAUCUAAUUGGAGUCUAAUUUCUAGGGUUUAUAAAAAUAGAAAUAAAAGACCUCUUCGUCUUUAACCUCUUUGUAAAACGACAAAACUUGUAGAACUCAACAAGAGUAGUAUAAUACCAGUGAGCAAAAUCAACCUUCAGAUCUAAGUAUAACAGCUUCGCUUGAUCGCUUCUCUCUCUUGAUAAUCUCUUUUCUCUUUAUCUUCGUCACAGGCGCAUAACAUGAGAAGGUACAGUCCACCCUAUUAUAGUCCUCCCAGGAGAGGGUAUGGGGGCCGAGGAAGAAGCCCGCCAAGGAGAGGACAUGGAGGUGGUGGUGGAUAUGGGAGACGCAAGGAGCAGAAUCAUGGAAGUCUCCUGGUUCGAAACAUCCCUCUGGAUUGCCGACCAGAAGAACUUCGAGCUCCAUUCGAGAGAUUUGGAGUUGUUAGGGAUGUGUAUAUUCCAAAGGACUAUUACACAGGAGAACCUCGUGGGUUUGCAUUUGUGCAGUUUGUAGAUACAUAUGAUGCCAUGGAAGCUCAGCAUCGUAUGAAUGGGCAAAUUUUUGCUGGAAGGGAAAUAUCUGUGGUGGUAGCUGCAGAGACAAGGAAGAGACCUGAGGAGAUGCGCCAAAGGUCUAGGAUUGGAAGACCAUCAGGCUAUGGAGGAAGAUCAUCUUAUUAUGGACGCUCCCGGUCUCGUUCAUUAUCACACUCCCCUCGACAUCAUUUAGGUUCUAGGUCUCGAUACCGCUCAAGGUCAUUCUCUCCUGCACCGAGACGGCGGGACUAUUCUGCUUCCCCUGGUCGAAGGCAUGCAGACCAUGCCAGAUCUCCCAGUGGUCUUCCCCCAGGGCGAGAUGGCGACCACAUUCACAGGUCAUAUUCGCCAGGUUAUCGCCCAGAUGGCCCAGAUGGAUAUGGCCCUGGUUAUGGCGAGAAACCUGCAUAUGAUCCUGAGGAAGCACGAGCUUGGAGGCCAUCACCCUCUGGAUCUAGAUCUAGGUCAGCAGAUUUGUCACCCAGGCGCAGCAGAUGAAACAAAACAAAACGGGUAUAGAGGCUGUCAUUUGGUUGCCAAUUUCCAUUUAGUGGAUUGGUUGUAACAUGAUUUUCUAUAUCGAAUUAAAAAGUUGAAUCAUCCAGUCGAAUGUUAAGUUUUCUGAACCUUAAAUACUUGUUUUCAGGAGUUUCCUGUAAAGAAAACCAUGUUCAUGUUAGUAGGCCAAUGAGAUAGUCCCAUUUACCAUGUCAAAAA